AUGCGUUCCUCCCGCGCGUCCAAGGUGGACGUUUACAGGCGAAAUAAUGAUUACAGCCUUCAGCUGAAUCGUUGGAUCUUAAAGCCGAUAGGCGUUUGGCCGGAAUUACCCACGAGCUCGGCGAUCGAGAAGCUUCUGUCGAAGAUUCUCAGAUUAAUGUGUCACUCCUUGAUAGCUCUCACCGUGAUACCCUCCGUCCUGUACAUUCUCUUCGAAGAGAAGGACGUCCGUUUAAAGCUGAAGGCCGUCGGGCCCACGAGUCACUGGCUCAUGGGUGGCGUGAAUUACUGCUCAUUGCUGUAUCAAAAGGGUCAGAUACGUAAAUCUGUCGAGCAUAUGGAGACUGAUUGGCUAACGGCGAGGAGAGAGCGCGAUCAGAAGCUGAUGCUGAGGAACGCGCGAGUGGGACGCGUAAUAGCGGGCGUUUGCGCGCUCAUCAUGCAGGGCGGUAUCUUCUCUUACAACGUGGCGAGGGGAACGUCACCGAUACUCGUGGUGAUCGGCAACGAGACGGUCGCGAUAGGCCGCUUGCCGUGUCCGUCGUUCAACUUGAUCGUGGAUACCAGGUUCACCCCGGUGUACGAAGUCGUGUUCACGCUUCAGUGCCUGUCGUCCCUCGUGGUGAACAACACCACAGUUGGCGCGUGCGGUCUCGCCGCGGUAUUCGCGAUGCACGCGUGCGGUCAGCUCGGUGUGGUGAUGUCGCGACUCGAGGAGCUGGUUGAGGAAAAACGACAGGACGUCAUUCAGAGAAAACUGGCGAAUCUCGUCGAGCGUCAUCUGCGAGCAUUGAGGUUUCUUUCGCGCAUGGAGAUAAUUCUACGUCAAGUGUGCUUUGUGGAAUUGACCGGAUGUACGUUCAACUUAUGUAUGCUAGGAUAUUACACCAUUACGGUACGCUUAAAAUCUUGA